AGCCUGACGCCGGUCCGGAUCAGCUCUCCCAGGUCUGUGCGUCUGCGCUCGCCGUGUCAACGUCGUCCUCUACGGAGGGGAGAGACGACAGCUGGGCCUUUUUGUCAGGAAGUGAAAUGAUAACCUAAAGGCGCCUCGACCACAACAUUCGCCUGCUUUCCUGCGCUGACCGGACUGCCAUGCCGCCGCAGCGAGUGUUCGCCCUGCCGAGGCAGCAGUCUCUGCUCCUGCCUGCGGUCAUCAACCCGUUUGUUCAAGACACCAAACUGCCCAAAGCUGCUUUAAUUAAAUGCGUCCUGCUGGGAAUCUUCCUGGUCCCUAUUCGCGCCAUCCUCGCGUCCCUGGUUCUGAUGGUGACAUGGCCAGUGUCUGUCAUUAUAACCUUCAGGUAUCCUCUGAAAGGAGCCGUGGAGCCAAUGACGGGCUGGAGACGAUUUCUGUGCCGAAGGGUGAUGGCUGCCUUGGGAAGGGCUUAUUACUUCUGCAUGGGCUUCAGAGUGGUGGUCAAGGGGAAGCAGGUCACCAGCAGUGAGGCCCCCAUCCUGGCUGUGGCCCCCCACUCCACCUUUUUUGAUGGGAUUGUGUGCGUUGUAGCCGGCCUGCCCUCCACCGUCUCCCGGGUCGAGAACUUGGCUACACCCAUCUUUGGCAGGUUUGUGCGCUGUCUCCAGCCAGUGCUGGUGUCCAGAAAGGACCCAGACUCCAGGAAAAAUACUAUCCAAGAGAUAGAGAAGAGAGCCAAAUCUGGAGGCCACUGGCCACAGGUUCUGAUAUUUCCAGAGGGGACAUGUACAAAUCGCUCAUGUCUCAUUACUUUCAAACAAGGUGCCUUUAUCCCAGGCGUCCCAGUGCAGCCUGUGCUUAUGAGGUACCCCAACACACUGGAUACAGUGACUUGGACUUGGCAGGGUUUCAGCUCGAGGACGCUUCUGCUUCUAACACUGAGCCAGCUGUACACCACAGUCGAGAUAGAGUUCCUGCCGCCGCAUAUCCCCACAGAUGAGGAGAAGAAAAGCCCCCCUCUGUUUGCCAGCCGAGUGCGAGAAACCAUGGCUCAGGCUUUGGGAGUUCCAGUGACAGACCACACAUAUGAAGAUUGCCGCCUAAUGAUCUCAGCUGGUGAGCUAACACUUCCCAUGGAAGCUGGCCUGGUUGAGUUCACCAAAAUCAGCCGAAAACUCAAUCUGAAAUGGGACAAUGUAAGGAAGGAACUGGAGGGUUUCGCAUCCAUGGCCAGCUCCUGUAAGGGAGGACGCAUAACCAUCGAGGAGUUUGCCAGAUUCCUGAAGCUACCUGUCAACCCAGUCCUCGAGGAGCUGUUUGCAUUAUUCGACAGGAACGGAGACGGCACCAUUGACUUCAGAGAGUAUGUCAUCGGUGUGACCAUCCUGUGUCGGCCAGCUAACACGGAAGAUGUACUACGAAUGGCUUUCCAGCUGUUUGACACAGAUGAGGAUGAGAAAAUCACCCGAGAAGAGUUCACUGCUCUGCUGCGCUCUGCUCUGGGUGUGUCAGAUCUGAACAUGGCCAAACUCUUCAAGGAAAUUGAUGCUGAUGGUUCUGGUUUCAUCACCUUCAGUGAAUUUCAAGCCUUUGCAACAACCCACCCGGAGUAUGCAAAGCUCUUCACCACCUACCUGGAGCUUCAGAGAUACCAAGCGAUCCAGGAGGCAAGGCCGGGAGAACUGGAGUUGGCCGGUCAGACCAGUUCAGAGGAAAAACAAGAAGACAGCACCUCUGAUAAAAAAGACGACUGAGACUGAAAAUGACCGGGAAAUUUACUUGACUGCACUGAGAGAAAAAAUGCAAGACUGUCAUCUUGUUGAAGUAUAAAUAGUACAUUCAAGUUAUCGCCACAGCACAGCCAUAUUCAGUCAAACGCUUGCAGUUUUAUAGACGGUUUUAGAGUGCUUGUGUUUUCAAUUUUAGUGCCUUAUAGAUAUUUUAAAAAACUAUUUCCCCAAGUCGUUGCACAAGGAACAUGUUUUGUGACUUUUUACAUCCGUAAAGUUGUGUGCGUGCUUUUGGUUAUGUGUCCAUCAAGAGAAAAAAAAAACAAAAGGAUGAAAAAAUGUCAAAAAAACAUCGAGUGUUUGUGAUUUGAUUAACUGUCUGAACCAAACUUUAGAGUUCUGAUCUUAGAGACGAUGUGUUAUGAUAUACUUAAUCGCUAUUUUUUGGACUGUUUUUGUGUAGCCUGACCUUACCUUCUCUUGAACUGAGAUGAACACAGCCGGGUGUACCUUAUCCUUUGUCUUUGUAUUGUUUUCUGUAAAUGAGUGAGGAAAUUGCCAAACCAACACAUUUUUAAAUAUAAACAAAGAGUCCUUGUGCUUCUGUGUUACAAUAUAAUUAGUGUACAGUAAGCUUUAUUAAGAUCGUUCCAGUCUGGCAACCCAGAGAUGUUCUGUAUUAAAGCUACGUCUACAGCAAGCAUAGAUGCUGUGCAUUACACUUUUUUCCAGCGCUCAGGGACACAGACCUUGUAAGACGGCUGUAUAAUUAGCCAGAGGUUUGCUUUGCAUGUGUAUCCAUUUGCAUUUCUACUGAAGAUCGUUGUUGCUGAGACAGCAGCGUGUCUGUGCAGCUUUAAGUUUACUAAAGCAAAUCAACCACUGAAAAUAGGGCAAUUUGUGAGCAAAAAGGCAACAGUGCUUCUUCACAACAGCAUAUUCCAGUGGGGUAUGCUUUCAGAUUAACUAGAGGCAUUGUUAUUUAUUUAGCAGGGUGUAUUACAAUUAUGUGAUUUUUUUCCCUCCUUUUUUUGUUAACACUGCAAAGUUUGCUUUUUAAAAUAAAACAAGAAUAUGAUUCUGUAA